AUGGGCACAAAGACUCGAGCUCCUCCAAAGACUGCCACGGAACCGGCAGUGGCGUCGCGACACUUGCCGGACAAGACCUUCGUGAUCGACAAUGGCGCAUACACCCUCAAAGCUGGCUAUGUCUCUGAUCUCCCACCUGCCGAAGAUGAAGCCCUCUCCGGCUGCUCGACAAUACCAAAUGCCCUAGCCAAGACUCGGGAUAAUCGUGUCGUCAUCGGUCCACAGCUAUUGACCCAUGUCAGUGACUGGAACGAGGUCAUGUUCCGCCGUCCAGUGGAGAAGGGAUAUAUUGUGAACUGGGAAGCGCAGAGGGAAAUUUGGGAGCAGUCUUUUUUUGAGGAGAAAGCGACGGCGCGGAAUAAGAGUUCACGGAUAGCCAACCCGGAAGAAACAACACUCAUCCUCACCGAGGCUCCCAAUGCCAUACCGGUGCUGCAGCGGAACGCGGACGAAAUCGUGAUGGAAGAGUGGGGAUUUGGAGGGUAUACAAGGUGUAUAGGUCCGACCCUAAACGCCUGGAACGAAAUCCAUACUCUCUUCGGAGACUCUACCACCUCCCAACCCGAUGCCGCCCCCUUACCUGCCGAUUGCUUGUUGGUAGUCGACUCGGGCUACUCCCAUACCACGGUUACUCCAGUAUACAAAGGCCAAGCCCUCCAACGUGGAAUUCGGAGACUGGAUCUCGGUGGUAAACACCUCACCAACUACCUCAAAGAGAUCGUGUCGAUACGGCAAUAUAACAUGGUGGACGAAACAUAUAUCAUGAACGAAGUGAAGGAGGCAGUCUGUUUCGUGAGCAAUGACUUUGCCGCGGAUAUGGAGCGGACCUCGAAAGCCGGCCGGAGAAGUCAAGCAGAUUCUGACAAGAGUGUGGUGGUGGACUACGUGCUCCCCGACCCAAAUGCAGGUAAAAAGGGCUUCAUGCGACCUCAUGAUCCUCUGUUAGAAGCCAAAAAGAAGAAGGGCGCGCUUUCUGGCCUUAGUGCUGAUGUGCUCUCGGAAGAUGUCUUGGUCCUUGGCAAUGAACGCUUUGCAGUCCCAGAGAUUCUAUUUAACCCGAGUGAUAUUGGCAUGAAACAGGCAGGCAUCCCGGAUAUCAUUCUCCAGAGCUUGUCUGUAUUGCCCACUGGUUUGCAUCCUCCGUUUCUGGCCAAUGUGCUGGUUGUCGGUGGCAAUUCUCUCACCCCAGGAUUCAUGGAGAGAUUGGAGACCGAACUGCGUCAGAUUGCCUCGGCUGACUGUGUUGUGCGAGUGCGUCGAGCCCAAGAUCCUAUUCGGUCCACAUGGCUGGGAGGAUCUCGUCUCGCCGCCAACCGAGAAGAAUUGGGUAGGGUGGCUAUUACUCGCGAGGAAUAUCAAGAAUACGGGUCUGGAUGGGCUGGACGCAGGUUUGCUGGCAACAUAUGA